AUGGAGUUCUUCUAUAUGUCUCUCCUUGGCCUCUUUGUUUCCUCUGUAUUCUUCUCUCUCAAUUUCAUCUUCUACAAGAACAAAUCGAGCUCAUCUGGGACGCUUCCUCCGGGCAAGACUGGAUGGCCUGUGGUCGGUGAAACCCUCGAGUUUCUCACCACUGGGUGGAAGGGCUACCCCGAAAAGUUCAUUUACGAUCGGAUGGCGAAGUACUCAUCCAAAGUUUUCAGGACUCAUCUACUUGGGGAAAAGGCUGCUGUUUUCUGUGGUGCUGCUGGUAAUAAGUUUUUGUUCUCAAAUGAGAAUAAACUUGUCCAAGCAUGGUGGCCUGCAUCUUUUGACAAAGUUUUCCCAUCUUCUAAUCAAACUUCAUCAAAAGAAGAGGCCAUAAAAAUGCGGAAAAUGCUACCGAAUUUCCUUAAACCCGAAGCCUUACAACGAUACAUUGGUAUAAUAGAUCAUAUUGCCGCUGAUUAA